AUGCAGUACCAGGGACAGCCGGCUCCCAUCAGACAGCAGCCGGUCCAGAUGACGUACAUGUGCGCGGAUUGCGGUGCCGACAACGACAUCAAGCCCAAGGAGCCGAUCCGCUGCCGCGAGUGCGGGUACCGCAUCCUGUACAAGAAGCGCACCAAGAAGAUGGUCCAGUUCGAGGCCCGCUAA